AUGUCUGCGCUGACACCAGAGACUUUGGCAGCGCUGCGAGCGCCCAUCCUCCGGAUCCUGCGAGCGUCUGAUCUCCAGAGCAUCAGCGCUAAAAAGGUCCGGGCGCAGCUGGCAGACAGCGGCUUGCUGGGUCAGCUGGGCGUCAAUGUGGAAGAGAAGCUUCACAAAUCGGCCUUGGAUGAUGAGAUCAGAGGUGCUUUCGCCUUGCUGGAUGCUGAACGUCAAAGGAAUGGAGCGGCUCCUCUGGGCAAUGCUGCUGCUGCUGCUGCUGCUGCUGCCGCCGCGCAGCCCGCUUCUUCUUCGGCACCGGCGGUGCAUCAAGGCAUCGCCUUGCCUGGACUGGGACGCAGGGGCGACUCUUCGAGCACCAGCAUCACUUCUUCCGCGCCUACCAUUCCUCACCGCGUCAAAGCGGAGCAAGAUGCGCAAAUGGCAGCUCGCCUGCAAAAGCAGUACGAUGCGGAAUCUGGUCCUUCCACUCGAAGAUCCAACGGAAUCAGCUCAUCUUUGGGCGGAGGCAAGCGGAAGAAGUUGGGCGGAGUGAGCAAGUCGGACGAUGUGAUUAGCAGCGAGGAGGAGGUGGGAGUUGUGGGCAACGGGUCGGGCAGCAGCGGCAGCGCAAAGAAGAGGAAGAGCUCGAGCUCGAGCUCGAGCGGGACAAAGUCGAGAAAGAAGAAGGAAAAGGAGCUGAAUGCGGAUGGAACGGAAAAGGCAAAGAAUCCGAACAAUCCCUUCAACAGGCCCGUUCUGCUCAGUCCCGCAAUGGCUGAUAUAUGCGGCGGCGAUGAGGUGAGCGGAUGCGAGACGCUUUACGGGCGAUCUGUGCCGGCGUGUGCUGCGUGUAUGCGCUCGAAGAGCUGCGGAGCGCGCUUCACAAUGUCCUGAGGGCCAUCUUGCGGCAGUGAGAAAGGCACUCGAUGCUUUGUGUAGCGCGCCGAGACGCUAUUCAGUUCUUCGUGGUGCCCGGUCGCUCACCUUGUCUUCCUCGAUGCUUUUCUACUGCAAAGAUGCCGAGAUACGAAAUCACCAAGAAGCUCUGGCAGUACAUCAAGGCGAACAGCUUGCAAAACCCGACGAAUGGAAGAGAGGUGAGAGCUAGGCAGCACAGUUGGAACCGCCUGCUUGACUGACUCGACCUUUCUCUGGCUCAUAGAUCUUGUGCGACGCAAAGCUUACGGAUUUGUUCGGAAAGUCCAAGGUGGAGUGCGUAGUGCUGCGCUGGUCGCCCGCAGAGAUGCCAUGCUAAUCGCAAGUUUCUGCUGCUCCUUUUGAUUCGAAAAGCUCCUUCGCGAUGGCAAAGGUGCGUUGUGCUCUCUCGUGUGCUGGCGUGCUCGCUUGAUGUGCCCGUCUGCUGAUCUGCUGCGCUCCGCUCCGCUCCGCUCCCACCAUCAUGCGUGCGUCCCCGCCCGUCAGCUUGUAUCUCAGCAUGUCAGGCGCAAAGAAGAUCUCUGAGUCAUGCCACGCUUCAUCAACAUUCGUCAUCUAAAUUACUCUCUUCUCCUCGAUUGUCUAUUCUCAUAUUUCCCCGAUUGCCCCUCCUCACCUUGAGCGCCUACACUCGACUCGCGUCUUGGCAAAGCAAAAAGCAAACAACAAGCAGACAAAGUGGGACCCGGCCUUUGAACCCUCGAAACGCCUUUGGCGUGGUGCUGCACACUGCCGUCUACAUAAUCAUCUUCAAACGUCACACAUUUUCGAGAUGGGAAUCGAUGCCUCGAUGCACUUGAUCCAUCGCUGAGUCAUCAAGCCCAAUGUCAGGAGUCUUGCGUCGUCCUUUGUUGAAGCUCAAUGCGCAAUUCCCGGUCAUCAAGAGGCGUGAGAAGCGAACACCGCUGCACGUGAUUGCGUGGUGGACGCGCCAAAACGCGUACACGCGCGCCCCCGUGUCGUGUCACUUUUGACAAUGGCGUCGCACGCGUAAAUUCUCGCUAUGCAGCCAGCCGCGCGCCGCGGGACGUGCAUACUGUACAGUGCUCCGACUGCGCGCUGCACAAAUCAGCAGAGGGCAGAUCGAAGGAGGAGCUAGGAGAUCAUAUAUGCAGCGAUGUCCCCGCCUCGCUCGCCUACCACAUGUCUGAUUGUCACGAUCGCCUGAGAGCAUAUCACUUCGUGCGCAGAACUCGUUCACGUCUACACGCCGCUCUUAUCCUUUGCAUUCGUUCCCUCCGGCCCUUGACCACGCCCGCUUGCUCGCUGCUGCAGCUUUCCCGGGGUAUCCGUGCGUCAGCCAAGAUCACAAGUCUCGCCAGACCCGACCUUCAUCUCGCCUUGUACGCAAGAUUGGGGAAACCCCGUGCCGGUGCCUCGGCUACCUUGGCUGGUGCGCGGUAGCGCCUGACCGAGCGCCGCAAAUCCCCCUACAGGCGCACGAAAGCUCAUUGACGAUUCCGCUGCGGCUGUGUCAGCUAGAAUGGACGCUGAAAGACUUGGCGAGGCCUCAGGAUCGCGUACAGCGCGUGUGGAUCGAGCAACGCCUGAGCCAGAAGAGGAGGGAGGAGUCGCCGCUCGAGCAGUCAGCCCUUUCAAGUUUGUCUACGAGCAACCCCACCUCUUCGAGUCGCAUACACGCGGACCGUCUUUGGAAGAGCCAGCGCCCGAGAUGGAAGCGGACGCUGAUGUGUCGCUUGACCACUCGCCGGCCUUAUCGGCUGCGAGCAGCAUACACUCUGGUAGACAAGCUACCAUGUCUCCUGUGCCGAGCGCACAUGGCGGAGCAGAUGUGUAUGCCCCUAGCGACUCGGCGUACGAUGAGGAAAAGAGCGAUAUGGACGAGUAUCGAGAAGCUGAGCAGGAGGAGGAGGAGAACGUGCAAUCUGAUAGCUCAGAGUCUGUCUUUAGGUCAGAUGAGGAGGCAGAGAGGCUGCAGGUGGAAGUUCAAGAGCUGUACGACAAGGUGUCGGGUCUGGAAAACUUCUACUCGAUCGUGGACAAACUUGGUGAAGGUGGGCAGACCGCGCGUCGGACCGAUGUCCGCCAUCUCGCAUACGCGCAGCUAACACUCGCCGCAUCGCGAUCUCGUUUCAACCCAGGCACCUUCUCGUCCGUCUACAAGGCGAUCGAUGUGCAUCACUACGUCUAUGACAAUCGCAGUUGGAGCAAUGUGGACCCAUACCAGCAAGCUCCCGUCACGGCGCCUGGCAGGCCAGCACGCAAUCACUACGUUGCAUUGAAGCGCAUAUACGUCACUAGCAGUCCCACCCGCAUCCUGAACGAGCUCGAGAUUAUGGCGAAAUGCAGGCGAGUGUUGUUCCACCGCAUACAGCGGGUGAAGCCAGACCCGAGGCACUGACCUGCCCCGUCUUGCCCCCACCUUGCAGGGACCGAAGUCACCUGGCCUACCUCAUCACCGCAUUCCGAUCAGAGGAUCAAGUCAUCGUGGUCAUGCCCUACAACCGCAAUCGCGAUUUCAGAGUCAGUACCGAGCUCAAGGAUUGCAUUUGAGACGAGGCUGCUUACACUGCCUGCUUGUGCGCCUCGCCUCAGGAUUACUAUCGCCAGAUGCCAUUGUCGGACCUCAAGUGCUACAUGACUUGCCUACUCAAGGCUCUCGAAGGUCUGCAUCUACUUGGUAUUGUCCACCGAGAUGUGAAGCCAGCCAACUUUCUGUACGAUCCCGACACUGGCGAGGGCACGCUGUGCGAUUUCGGAUUGGCAGAGGUGAGCGCAUGCAUGCUGUCCAAGUCUGACAAUCUCAGCUCAGUCCGACCUUGCUAUGGUGUUGUUGCUCCUCAGACGCUCGACUAUAGGCGCUGGCGAGGCAAGUGUCACCACUCGAAACCCGAGGGUUACUUUCGUCAUGGCCAGAUCAAGAUCAAUCUCGACGUCCCCUCCUUGCACUUCUCUCCCGGAGGACUGCUGGACGAUAUGAACGGACCUUACAAGGCGCUUCCGGAGAGGAGCUCUGUCGGCCUCUCGGCGAAGCACAGUGCCAACGUUGGUGGAAAGGGCAAAAUGGGACCUCCAGAGCGAGUGGGGUACCUCAAGGAGGAUGCUAGGUGAGUCUGGAGCCUAGAGCUUGGGAAAGCGCACGCGCUGAACACGGACCAGUCUCGCUGCUUGAUCGAUUGUUCCAACAGAUAUAGCAUACAGGCCAACCGUGCGGGCACCCGCGGAUUCCGCGCUCCCGAGGUGCUUUUGAAGUGCCAAGAUCAGACGACUGGUGAGUGAGGGAGCCCGGGAGAGUGGAUGCGGCAGCGUGUAUAAAUAGCUGACACGCAUCGUCCACUGACCGCACUAGCCAUCGAUACUUGGUCCGUUGGCGUCUUGAUGUUAUGCUUCCUCAUCAAGCGUUUUCCACUCUUCAACGCCAACACCGACACGGAGGCUCUGUUGGAGCUGAUGAUGAUGUUUGGUAAGAAGCGCAUCGAGCAAGUCGCCCUUCUGCACAGUGAGCAUGGGCGAACAUUUCUUUGAGGUGACGAGCGAGGGAGAAACGGUCUCUUACACGCACGCUGCUUCUUUUCGCAGACCGCACAUUCUACACGAAUCUUCCAGGCACAUUCAACCCCCUGGAGCGCGAUCCUACUAGAGACGGUUUCCGCCUUCCGGAAUUCGUGCAGCAUCUCAAUCCUGACAUCUACGAAGCGCCACUCGACCAUCCGGAUCCUGCGCAAUACAUCAGAGAGGUGGAGAGAGCGAUCGAUCUGUGCAGGAGAUUGAUGCAGCUAGACUUGACGCGCAGGUACGAUGCAAAGCUGGCACUUAGGCAUCCCUUUUUGAACGAGGAGACGGCUCGUUCGGAGGAUGAGCACAGGGAAGCGGCGGCUGCUGCUGCUGCUACCAAUAUUGCUACAAAGUUGGAGCAUUGA